AGUACAUCCGACCGCAAAUGUUUCACUGCGUGCAAGAUAACUCAAGUUGAACUCGCAGUUCUCUUGCUCUGGCAAACAAUGGAUGCAGUUAUUCGAUUUGCUGUUAUUAUCGGUGGUGUUCUGUUCCUGAGCCUGGGAUUGGAGGCUGGCCUGUUUAACGACAUUCUUGAUCUGGCUGUCCCAAAGAAGUAUUUGCAUGUCGAGGACUGGCAUGUGGACAGAUGUGGUAUCGACAACGACGACUUUGAGCUUCAGGACAUCCAAGUUUCUGUUAACAAAUGGAAGGAAGAAAUCGUGGUAUCUGGGAAAGUACAUGUCAGGACCUUCCUCUCUACACCCGUAACGGCAAAGGUGUCGAUGAAGAGUGAAGUUCUGGGGGUAUGGGUGAGAGUGCCCUGCAUCAAGGACUUUGGAUCCUGCACCUACGAAGAUUUAUGCAUCUACGGGUACGAUGAAGACACGACAUGUCCUGAAUCCUUUGUUCAAGAUCACGUUCCUUGUCGCUGUCCUAUCAAAAAGGGGCUGUACAAUAUCCCUAGUGACUUGAGGAUUCAAGCACCUAGCACACGGUGGGGGGCCUUAGUAAAUGGUAAAUAUAAAGCCAUAGUCCAGUUCGUGCACAAUAACUCUGAAAUUGGCUGCUACAUCGCUUCGUUCACUCUCCAAGCAAUUCCAAAGUAAAUGCAAUUUUGUGAUCUGAAAUUAUGUUUGGAACUGUGUGAAAUUAAAGAUCAUAGCGACAAACAUAAACAAGGCCUAGUUAGAAAUCCAUAUUUAAAUCACAAGUUUAGCCACAAAUUUAAAACCUCUGACCUGUAAAACUAAUGUAGCUUUCACAAAUUAAACCCAACAGGAGCUUCAUUGGUUCAUAAAUAA